CUGGACAGUGAAUGACGCAGCGUCAGCCUCCUACACAUAUAGGAUAGAGGUUACAAGUGUCUCUUUUAAUGACAACCUGACAUCGAACGUCACCAUGGCUGAGGUUCCUGGAUUAAUCCCUGGGACACUGUACAAUUUUAAGGUCUUUGCAGUAGCAGCUGAUAAUCAUACAGAAGGAGAAGGAGCAUUCACAAGCCUGUAUACAAAUCCCAGACCGGUGCUUCGUGUCUUGGCAGAGUAUGUUGGUGUGACUUCUGUCAACUUAACCUGGAUAGUGAAUGACACAGCUUCGGACACCUACACAUACAGAAUAGAGGUUAGCAAUGGGCACUCCAUUAACAAUGAAACAUCAAAUAUCACAGAAACUGAAAUUACUGGCUUAACCCCUGGGACGCCGUACACUUUCACAGUCUUUGCAGUAGCAGCUGAUGGUGAGACAGAAGGAGCAUCCAUAAGCCUGUAUACAA